UUCUUUUAUGUACAUUAUUUUGUUAAUGUUGCCACUGCUAAGUUUCCACUUUGCAAUUGCAUCAAAAUUCCACUUCAGCUUUUUCUCUCGCCGCCACCCACCAAUCAGUGUCAAAUGUUCUGGUAAAUCAAUGAAUCUAAAUCUCACGAAUAUUCAACACGAUGUUCUAUUAAUGUUACUCCAACUAUAUUGCUAGAUUCAGCAUCAUUAAACUAGGCUUAGACGUAUUUGUUCCCUUUUCUCGUUAAUUCUGUUGUUGUUGUGGCCAACUAUAAUGUCUCCUCGUACUUUGUUUUUCCUUCUUUCAACUCUUCAAUUUCUGAGUUUUGUGUCAACAACUGAAUUUGUCUACAACAGAAACUUCAACUCCACCAACGUAAAACUCUAUGGGAAUGCCACCAUAGAAAACUCGGUUCUCAAACUCACAAACCAAACUUUCUUCUCCAUAGGGCGUGCCUUUUACCCUCACAAAAUACCCAUGAAGCCACCAAACUCUUCUUCUUCAACCCUUCUUCCCUUUGCAACCUCUUUCAUCUUCUCCGUUGCUCCUUGUGAAAACUUCCCUGUGGCUCAUGGUUUCGCGUUUGUUGUCACGCCCGUGAUGUCCGCAAAUGGAGCACUCUCGGGGAACUACUUGGGCCUCUUCAACCGCUCCACUUCAGGUAACUCCUCCAACCAUGUUUUUGCGGUUGAGUUUGAUGAUUUUAGGAACGAGGAGUUCAACGAGGAGAAUGAUAACCAUGUGGGUGUGGACUUGAAUUCGAUGAUUUCGGUGUAUUCGGAGCCUGCAGGGUUCUGGGGUGGGAGAGAAGGUGAGGAAUUGGAGGAUUUGAAGCUUUCUGAUGGUAGAAACUAUCAGGUUUGGAUUGAGUUUGAGAACUCAGUGAUUAAUGUUACCAUGGCACCAGCAGGGAGAAAGAAGCCUCAUAGGCCUUUGAUUAGUAAGCCUAUGAACCUUUCUUGGGUCCUUUUGGAUGAAAUGUAUGUGGGGUUUUCUGGGGCAACAGGGAGAAUGGUGGACAAUUGUAGAAUCUUGGCUUGGAGUUUUAGCAAUUCUAAUUUCUCAAUUGGUGAUGUUUUGAGUACCAAGCAUUUGCCCUUGUAUGUGCAUCCAAAGAGAUUGGUGUUUAGAUCAAAUGGUUUCAUAAUAGGUGUAACUUUCGGUGUUUUUUUUGUGGGUGGCUUUUGUGCUUUGGUGGUUUUCUUCAUUUUGUUCAGAAACAGAAGGGGAGAAAAACAGGAAAACUUUGAAGACUGGGAAUUGGAGUAUUGGCCACACAGGAUUAGCUAUCGGGAGAUUUGUGAUGCAACAAGUGGAUUCUCUGAAGAGAAGGUGAUUGGGAUUGGAACAAGUGGUAAGGUGUACAAGGGGCUUUUGAAGGGAGUAGAAGUUGCGGUGAAGAGCAUCAAUCACGAGACACGGCACGGAAUGAGAGAGUUUCUGGCAGAGAUUUCAAGCCUAGGCAGAAUGAAACACAGGAAUUUAGUGGGUUUCAGAGGUUGGAGCAAAAGAAAAGGAGGAAAACUGAUAUUGGUUUAUGAUUACAUGGUGAAUGAGAGCUUGGACAAAAGGAUCUUUGAGUGUGAAGAGACCAUGCUUUUGAGUUGGGAAGAAAGAAUUAGAGUUUUGCAAAACGUAGCUGAUGGAAUUUUAUAUCUACAUGAGGGUUGGGAUGUUGAGGUCUUGCAUAGGGACAUCAAAGCUUGUAAUGUAUUACUUGACAAGGACAUGAAUGCUAGGUUGGGGGAUUUUGGGCUUGCAAGGUUGCAUCACCAGGAAAAUGUGGCUGACACAAGAGUGAUAGGGACCCUGGGGUACAUGGCUCCGGAACUAGUCCGAAUCGGGCGACCGUCAACUGCGUGUGAUGUGUAUAGUUUUGGAGUAUUGGUUUUAGAAGUGGUGUGUGGGAGAAGACCCAUCAUAGCAGAUCAGCCACCACUGAUUGAUUGGUUGUUUUCCCAUAUGGAGAAUGGGGAAUUGAGUUGUGCUAUUGAUGAACGUUUGAAGGGUCAAAGUGGAUACAAUGCUGAGGAAGCUGAGAGGCUGCUUCAUUUGGGUUUGUUAUGUGUGAGUACAGACCCUGGUGUUAGGCCAACAAUGAGGCAAGUGGUGAAAACAUUGGAGGGAAUAAAAUGCACUGAGUGUAACGAAGAUUGCAUCCAUUUGGCUCUGCUUGGAAAAAUAAACUCAGCAGCAUCAUGGUCUAAGAGUUCUACAAGUUCUGCCAAUGUAAAUUAUCCCACCUUUGACGAAAUUUUGCAGACCAAGUUUUACUCUACUGCAUCUUUGAGCAUCUCUUGUCCCAGUCCGCAGCUAGAACCAGAGUUUGUCUCAGAAGGAAGGUGAGAGCUGAAAUUGAUUCAAUCACUUUCUUAAUGUUGAGAUUGAACAUAGCCAAGGCUGCUGUUGUCAAGUGACAAACAUUUCCAUUUGUAAAGUGCAAGCACUUGUCACUCCAAAAGUCUUGAGUUUUGUUAGAAUAGUGAUUUCAAGUCUCCAUGACUGAGGCCGCUAAGGUUUACAUAAAUUUGGGGUGCUAACUUUUUUUUUAAAUUUUCUUUGGUGUUCUAGUUCUUUGAAUACUGCUUAUGUCCAAAGUUCUUUCUUGGAUAAAUCUUAAAUGUAACAUAAAAAUUAAUUUGGUGCAGCGGUAAAGUUGUGCCUUGGUGACCUGUUGGUCAUGGGUUCGAAUCCGGAAACAGCCUCUUUGCAUAUGCAAGGGUAAGGCUGCGUACAAUAUCCCUCCCCCAUACCUUCGCAUAGCGAAGAGCCUCUGGACAAUGGGGUACGCUAGUUAGUUAUUUCAUUAUAUUCUGACACAUUUCUACAUGAUGACAGCAUACAAAAUCUUUUGGCAACUAUUAUGUCAGACGAUUUUUGUUUUCAACGACAGAUACACGUGUUGUAAUGUAACAAAGAAUCAUGAUCUAAGCUGUCCUAAUGAUAGAUAAGAAAAAUGAAGCUAAUGGAACCCACUUCCAUAGAAAAAAUAAUUUUCUAUUCUUCAUUUUACCCAAACUUUUUUUUCUCUUCAUUUUCUUUGCCUCUUGACCGAGAGUGAAAUAAAGAGCAGUGUAUUGGAGUUGGAAAAUGACAAUAUAUGUAACCUUUUAUGUGAAUACAUUACCACUUUCAACUC